AUUUCAUUUCUUGUUGUCGAAGCUUCUUAAAAUUUGCUGCACAGAGGAGAGUGAGAAGGCAAGGCAAUGGAGAUGACGAGGGUGAAUGCUAAGAGCAAUAACUCCAACGCCAAGACUAAUGGCGUGAAAGAGAAAGCCAAGAAGAUAGUCCGAAUUCAGGUUUCCAAAACCAAGAAACCUUUCUUCUUCUACCUCAAUCUCGCUAAGAAAUACAUAAAACAGGGCAAUGACGUCGAGCUCUCUGCAUUGGGCAUGGCUAUUCCAACUGUUGUAAUCAUCUCUGAGAUUUUGAAAAGCAACGGGUGGGCAUUUGAGAAAAAUAUUACGACAUCCACUGUAGCUGCCAAGGAAGACAAGGAAGGUCGAGAGAUUCCAAAGGCUAAGCUUGGGGUUUUGCUGGGAAAGGCUGGGGAUAUGGAUCAAAGUACUGUUGAUGCAUCGUUGGGGAAGAAUGCUGAUGACUGAUAAUAAGGCAUGACAGUUACAGAGUAGUGCCAAAUAAUGAAGCAUUGAAGCUCUUCUGGUUGUAGUAUAUGUAAAUGUAAAUGAAUUCCCAGUAUAUGAUCUAUAGUUCCUUUUCUUUUACUAUGUCUACUGUUUAGGGAGGUAAUAUACAGCGCUGAUAGUCCUUCGAAAUGUGGUUUGGGCAUAAGGCUAUUAGGAUUUUAUCCUGUAAAAAGUGUUCCUUGUAUAGAUGUACUUUCUCAUAUUUCGUAUUACUGAAGCAUAAUAGAGAUUGGAAUGUGUUAGAAGUUA